CUCUAGUGAGUCAUAGCAUACAGUUCAGUUCAAUUUACGAGAAAGCAGGUUGCACAAAAUUUUGUCAGUUUGAAUCAAUGGACGGUCCAGGUACAAUCACGUGGGAUGAAUUUCUCGAAAAUGCUGAAAAAUUCGUACAAAUGUCAAAUGAAAUUUCCGAUGGUUGGGAACUUCGAGGCAAUAAGAACAUGCCAGGAGAGGCAUACGUUGCCCAGCAACGGAAACAAUACAUUUCCAGUGGUAGUAAUUCGAAGAAUUAUUCCACACCAGAAAAUAAUGAUUCUAUCGAUAAUUUUGAGUUCAUGUUAAAGUACGACCCAUUCGAAGCCACUAGUUCAAUCGAGAAACCAUUAGUUACAGAACAUCACGUACUGUGGUCGAUGAGCUACAGCGUUCCGGUGCUUUAUUUUAAUGGAUGGAAAUCAGAUUUCCCUGGUAUUAAUCCAAUAUCCGUGGAAGAAGCACAAUUCCUUACAUGUAGUGCAGAGUUACAGUAUAAGGAAUUAUCUCAAGCGAUACACCCUAUAUUAGGCACACCUUUUUUGUACUUGCAUCCAUGUAUGUCUCAUGAACUUAUACAGAUUACAAGUAAUAGCAAGAAUAAAUUAGUCAGUUGGCUGAGUACCGUUGCAUCCGCUGCUUUAGAUCUGAAACUACGUUCUGAAUAUUAUAAAUUAACUCUAUAA